AUGAUAGAGCCAUAUAAUCAUGAAUCUGAUAUCUUUGAUGACGAGGUUGAGCAUCCAGUUUCGUUCUGUAGCCUAAAAGCACAUUUUAAAGACGAUAUCAAAAUGAGAAUGUAAGACCACUAAUUAAAUGAGUGUGAUGUGCAAGACUUGAACUAGAAGAUGAACCAAUUAACACUCAAUAAAUGCAAUUUCAAAACAGAUAUUAGAAGACAUCAGAAGUUAGCUAAAAAAGGAUAGUAAUGUCUCAAUACUGAGAAAUAAACAUAAAACGAUUCAAAUUAGUUAUAAGCAACUCUUAAACAAAGAUAGUAGGCUAUAUAAUUAUCAUGUGCUGAUCAAAUGACUUUAAUGGAUACAGUUCCAAAAAUCAAUUUUAUAAGGGAAAUGAAAGAUAGCACUAAAUAGGAUGCAACUUUAGAUCUAAGAAUAGAUUUGAAAACUCAGAGUCACAAUGCUUUCGAUAUAAGAAAGCUAAGAAAUGGGCUUUCUCCUUCUCCAAUCAAUAGGCUAUCAGCAAAAAAUCAUUCCAAGCCUUCAUAGAGAUCUCAAGAUCAUGACUCCAAUUUAGAUUUGUCUUUCAAUUAUACUGUUCAAAUUGCAUCUUCAGGUUCUAUUAAAUAUUAGGAUAAUAAGCUUGAAUAACAAUAAUGUUAAAAAUCAACUAUUAAAUUAAAACAUAAUCAUUAAAAAGUAAAAAUAAAAACUCCGCAACAAGUUUAUUCACAAAGAUCCUCACAAUUGUCUUUACUAUAAAUUGAUAAAGAGGGUUUCAGAGGAAGAUCUUUAAGUUCUGUUUCCACUCCCAAAAGCAUAUUAAAGAAUCCCUUAUAUCAGAAUUCAGUUUUAGAUAUUGUUAACUAAAUUAAAAUUUAAGGCAGACCAUGCUUUUCUAGUUUAAAUCUAAUAGAUUCAACUCCUAAAAAAUUACAAUAAAACUUAUACUCCUCUGCUAAAAGAGUAAAAUUUUGUUUGACUAAAUAAUAAGCAAGAAGGGAAAAUAUAUAUAAUUGA